AUGUUAGAAAUAGACCUUGGGCAUCCAGCAGAUUAUCACGUGCAUCUCCGGCAGGGUGAAAUGACUGCUGCUGUGACUCCUGCAGUUAGAAAAGGAGGAAUGUCGAUAGCCUAUGUGAUGCCAAAUUUAACACCCCCAGUUACUGAUAUUGAGAGAGUCCAGAAGUACAAGGCAGAGCUUCAGCGAAUUUCUCCAAAGACGACAUUCCUGAUGACAUUUUAUCUAUCGAAAGUAUUGACUCCGGAGGUAGUUUAUAAAGCUGCUAAACUGGGUGCUAUUCAGGGUAUUAAAUGCUAUCCAGCAGGCGUUACUACGAACUCUGGCGCGGGAAUCGAUCCUAGUGACUUCUCUCGCUUCUACCCAAUCUUCAAAGUGAUGCAGGACACCGGAUUGGUGCUCAAUCUUCAUGGUGAACGACCAUCCAUUCAAAGUGAAGGUAUCAAUGUGAUUAACGCAGAGCCAAAAUUUCUUCCUGCCUUGUUUGCCAUUCAUCGUGACUUUCCUCGCCUUAGAAUCGUCUUGGAGCAUUGUACAACAAGGGCUGCAAUUCAUGCUAUAAGUGAAAUCAACAAGGACUUGAAAAAAGGAGAAAUUCCUACUGUUGUUGGUUCAAUAACGGCACAUCACCUAUUUCUAACAAUCGAUGACUGGACGGGGAACCCUGUGAAUUAUUGCAAGCCUGUUGCUAAGUUUGCCGAAGAUCGUGAUGCUCUUGUUAGGGCUGCAACCUCAGGAAAGUCAUACUUCAUAUUUGGCUCCGACUCUGCACCCCAUGAAAUAUCGAAGAAGUGUACAUUCAAUAAGAUAGCUGCUGGUGUUUACACCCAGCCAUACGUGCUUUCAUAUCUAGCGGAGCUAUUUGAAAGAAAUGGCAAGCUCGAUAUGCUGAAAAACUUUGUUUCCAAGUUUGGAAGCAGGUUCUAUGGCAUGGAUGACGAAUCAAAGCUAGCAUGCAAAGAUAGAUGUUACUUGGUGAAGAAGCCGGUUCAGAUUCCCGAGAAGUUAUGCUACAAUGGAAUUGAGUUGACAAUUUUCAGGCCGUGUAAAGAACUUUCAUGGUCCGUGGAAUGGCGCUGA